AUGGCCAUGACGGCGCGGGUCGGUGUCUGGGUGCUCGGGACGGACCGGUCGAAUCGGCGACUCGUGCUCUACGUCGUCUUCUCGUACAUGGCGCUCAUCCUUCUCCACACGAUCGCGCUUGGACUUUGGCUGUUCUGGCUCGUCAUACUGCUGCUCCUGCAGCUACUCUUGUGGCCGUGCCAGCCGUCGCGGACCUUCUUUCGCGACUUUGUGCGCGAGACCGUCUGCUCCGGGUACCUCGAGUGGCUCUGUCGCUGGGACGUGCGCGUCCGCAACGUAUACGCGGUCAAGCUCUACGUCGAACCGACGCUGCCCGUGGACCUGCAGGCGCACUUUGGCAUCGCCGCCCUAACACUGUACUUGAUCCAGCUGCCGUACUCGACCUGCCAACCCUAUGACUAUGCAUUUGACACGGCCACGCGCGCGUAUGUGGCCGUGGCGCGCGACUGUCACUACGCAGAGUGGUCGAUCGCGCUUGUGCUACCGGUGCUUCUGCAUCUCCGCCUUGUUGCGUGGUGCUCGGUGCGUAUGUGCGAGAUCUGCAUUGUACCCAUCUUUCGUCCGUCGCUCGCCACGUACCAGAGCCUCGUGGAUGUGAACGGAUGCGAGGACGCCCCGUUGCGGCUGCGUCCGACGGCGCCCUGCGGCGAAGACACGCUCGGUAUCACGACAGUCGCCUACCCGAUGAGCACAUACUGCAUCCCCGUGCCGCAGCACGGCCCCGAACCGCCCCUGACGCCUCUCCCGCUUCUCGAAUCGCCGCCAUCAAAACAAACGAGGGCCUCGGCGUCCCCAGCAUUUGGUCUGCGCCGGCGACGCACAUCAAACGAAGCUACGGCAGAGAUGCCCCGUCCCAACCGCAAACUCAGCGACAAUGACGAGGUGAGCACAUCGGACAUGGUACUGCAACGUCUCUGCUUCGUCAAGAAGCCGAUUCAAGCCGUCGACCGGGCGUACGACGCAUUUGACGGGUCGUACCAGGCUCCACCGGCAGCCGGUGCCUUUCCUGGCGUCAAUCUACCACAAGGCAGCGCAUCAACUCGUGGAGCUGCCACCACUCAAGUCAACUACGAUAAGCUCUCGCCGACGAACCGCCAGUCGCAGUCGUUCCAGCUGCCCCGCGUCUCGCGCGCCAUCGACGACUCUACCAUCUCUGCGCGGUCCUUGAGCACGAUCGACCCGGUGCACUUUUCGGCCUUUUGCCCGCCGGUUGUCCGCACCAGUGUCUUUACCUUCUCCAUCUGGGCCUUCCUCGUCCACCAACGCGACGAGAUGCGCGAAGAAGCGACGACUCUCAACGACGAUGGCGCCAAGCAGCUCUCGCGCGAGGUGCUCAUGCACGUCCGCCGCGGCGCUCGCGUGCACGUGACGCUGUCCGUGCCAGAAGGCUUUCGACUGCUGGACGCCGCGACCAAGCCGUUGGAGUGGGACGGCCACGUCACCCACGUCUCCUACAAUGUCCAAGGCCAAGCGAUUGUCGACGGACAAGUGCUCUUUGCGGCAUCGAUCGUGCUGGGCGCGCAAGUCAUGCGUCUGCGGUCGUAUGUGUUUGCGUCGUCCAAGCCCGUCAAGGAGAAGCAAGACGAUGACGAGGCGGGACCGGUCGAAGUGACAGCGUCGAGCUUGGAGAUGUUGCCCGAGACAUACGAAGAGAUUGCGUACGACGAGCUCGAGAUGAAGAACCUUGUCGGUCGAGGCAACUUUGGCGACGCGUACCGCGCUCGGUACCGCGGCCAGGACGUCGUGGUCAAGACGCUCCGGCCGAGCGAGUUUGGCGACAACCAAGACCAGAUCGUGCAAGAGUUUCGACACGAAGCUGCGUCGGACGUCUACUCGUUCGGCGUCCUGAUCUGGGAGACGUACCACGGCGUGGGUCCGUUUGCAGGUCUGAGCGGGGCCGAGGCGGCGGCGCGCGUCUUGUCAGGCGACCGACUGGCGUUGUCAACGGCGAUUCCGCUGCAUCUACAAGACCUUGUGACGCAGUGCUUCCGCGACGACCCGUCCAAGCGGCCGAGCAUGGCGCAGGUGCUCAUGGCACUCGACUAA